UACAGGAAGGAGCUUACGUGGAUAUCGUCCGCCUGUUUCCACGCUCAUCGUCGCUAGCCUCCUUCCGAUCGAUCUCGUCGUUCGCUUGCACGUUCUCCUCGCGUUCCUUCGACGGCGGAACGUGAAAUUCUGGUGACCCGGUAGAGUGUCGUCGAGUGCUCGCGUGGACCGAAAGUGCCGACGCGUGUAAUCGUGAACUGAAUGUUCCGGCCGGGCGUCGCGAGCGUUUCUCGCGUCGAGGCGUAGUUUUACUGGUGCGUCGUGGGUUCCGCUCCGAUCCUCGGGUACCGCGAUCGUUGCUAAACAGGUGUUCACGAGAAGCAAUCGGAAAGCGACUCCGCGUGGAGAAUGGUGCGGGGACGCGCGGGUGAAUCGUAGUGCGGCUACGCGAUGCGUCCUCGUGGCACGCGGCGGCGUCGAUGACUUGAGGCCCUCUUGUUGCCUUCGAAAACGUGCGCGACCCUGGUCCCCCCGAUGACUCUGUUUCCGUGAUAUAUCCGUACCGGUGCUCCAUAAACUGGUCAAGUGCGUGGUGUUCGCAGCCUCGAGCUCUUUGUUUUGUCUGUUCAUCGACCUCUACCGUUUCUGAUAUGCUCCGGGAAAUUGGUCGUACGUGACGCGAGAGGUGUUCUAGAGAGUGGAAUUCGUACGAAGCUUCCCGCUGCCGAUAGCGCGCUGCUUCGACGCGAGUGCAGAUUAUUGCCAGUUCUGACGGACGAUGAGACCGAUAACUACGUACCGAUUCGCGAUCGUUGUCCAGAUUUGAUAGCGAACGCGACCAUCGGUGUUAGGCGGCCACGUUGCCCGCGGCCGGUACUCGUAGCCGCGAAAUGCAGUCGAACACGAUACUGCGCGACAUCGUCAGCACGGAGAAGCUGAUGGGAAACAACAACAAUCUGAACAACAACGGUUCCCCGGGCACGGACAUAAUGUUCCAGAUGGAGGAUGACGGGCUCACGCAGCUGGGUAGCGUCUUUCAAUCAGCCUAUCAGUCGAUCGUUGGCGGUGGUGCGCAGUACGGCUCGGACGAAUUCGGCCAGGACUCGCCGAGAUACACCUCCCCCAAGGCUGCAGCCCUCUACGGAGACCCCUAUUAUAUCGAUGGGAAUGCUGCAGGAACGGGUCCUGGUGACCCAUGGACGGGUGGCGGCGGCGGGGGCGGCGUUCAGCCCCCGUACAGCGGAUAUGCACCCCCUCACCUGGCCCAGCCAGCCUAUCCCAUGCACCUACCCCACGACCCCAUGGCGUACUCGGCUAUGUCGCCGAAUGGAGAACCGGCGGCGCCGAUUCUGGGCUCGGCGGUUACCAGUGCGGCCUCACUGCCACCAAUGUCCACAUUCCGGGGUAGCGUCGCAGUCGCGGCGAACAGCGGUACCGGUGCACCAUCCCCGGCGUCGUUGCAAUAUAGUCAUAGUCCCGGCGCGCCAACGUCCGCGCCCUCCGCACCCAAUUCUGCACCCACGACGAACCAACAGCCCACCACGGGGGACAACCUCGGCAAGACUCUCGCGUCUGUAGUAAGCACCAGAAUCUAUCCCACGGACCAAUCAGUAUCGAGUUAUAGCAGCAACCCAUCCACACCAGUCAGUUCACCGCCGCCUUUGACGGGUUCGGCGCCAGGCUGGGCAGCAGGUGCUGCGCCAGUGUCUCCGCACUUCACGGCAGAUCCCAAUCGUGGCACCAUUCACAUGCCGGCGCCUGAACAGCAGAGGCUAGACGAUGCCAUCGGCUUUCUUCGCGACCACGCCGAGUUGGUACAGGGAACGCGGAUGGAGGAACGACUGGACGAUGCCAUAAACGUUCUGAGAAACCACGCGGAGAGCCAGCUGGGCCUUCAUAUUGGUCCCGUUGGUCCACACGGUUCCCUCUACUCCCACACAUCACCACCGCAAUUGGACCACUUGACGAGUCCACAUCCUGCGGUAACAGUGGCACAACCUCAAGGCUCCUACCCUGGUCUUACGCCAACGCCCGACACGGACGGUUCCAUUAAAAUCGAAAGGUUACCCGUGACAAAUGCCAAAUACGUCUCUUUAGAAAAGAGAAAGGACCCGCCGGACAGCAGCGGCGGUGAAACGAAACCAUCGAGCAGCGAUCUGGCGGCGGCGGGUGUAAUUGGCGCAGCCACGGUCAACUCCACGUCCCAAGGAAAAGGGACGAAGAGAUCCCGCAGAUAUUGUUCGAGCGCUGAUGAAGAUUGCGACGAUCCCAGCACCAAAGCGGUGCGCGAGAAGGAACGUCGCCAGGCCAACAACGUGCGUGAAAGGAUACGUAUCAGGGACAUCAACGAAGCUCUCAAGGAGCUUGGAAGAAUGUGCAUGACGCACCUGAAGACGGACAAACCUCAGACGAAGCUCGGUAUCCUUAACAUGGCCGUCGAAGUGAUCAUGACGCUAGAACAGCAAGUUAGAGAACGAAACCUCAAUCCAAAGGCAGCGUGUUUGAAGAGGAGAGAGGAAGAAAAAGCAGAGGAUGGACCUAAGUUACCUGGCCAUCUUGCUGCGCACAUAGCACACCCACACCCGCAUCCUCACGCGCAUUCUCAGCCACCCUUCUCCGCGAUGCCUGGCCCGCCUCCUUCCCUUCAGCACAAUCCGUCACAGCCACAGUAGCAGCGGCUCAGCGGCGGUGUGAUCCUGUGUUAAGGGGUAGAUACAGCUUAAAAUUGUAAUAGUUACGGGACUUUCGCGGGACUCGCGCAUACAGACAGGACUACCCUCCUACCGCGUACCAGUUGUACGAAUCGAGCCAAAAUUAGGGGUACUACGCGACACGUGACACGAAUAUAAUCUUCGAACGUAACGGUCAUUUACGUUCUACGGAAGAAACGAGGACGCUUGGUACGACUUUCCCGGGGAGACGGAUCAAACGUCGAUUCCGGGACGCUGCGCUGUCGAAGCGCAGAACUUGUGCAUGUCGUACGAUCCAAGUGGGAGACGCGGGUACGCCCUGACGAUGUCCUGGCGGUUUUUUCAAUGUGACUCUAGAUACACGGGCGUACGACGAGCAGGGGAAUAGUGGUCGCUCUGUAUGUCACCGCGAGCCAUCAAAGAGAUAGAGAAUGAGAGUGGAAGAGUGAGAGCGAGAGCGUGGUUACUUUUAAGAGGCAUCUACCCAAUCCCCCCAGUUCCCCAUGAAGGCGGCUUAAAAUUAUUUUUAUAAAUAGCGAGAAGACAAAGGAAUAUGGUUCCUCUCUUUCGAGACGUAAGAAGCGCGCGUAGCGCGAUCGAGAUUAUAUUGAAUUCGAUCUCCAUCCCGCUAACCGGCGCAUCCCCCUGAACCCCUUCCCCCCGGACCUUGUUGAAAUUGCCCAGCAUAUAGCGAGCGCGCUACCGAGACGCGUGGCGUCGCAGAGCGCGAUCACGUCGGGUGGAGAGCACUCUGGACACGACGAGGGACUGGAGAAAAUGCCAGUGGCCGAGGACGAUCGCGCGGGGACCGUCGCGCAUCGAAAAAAAGCGCACCCCUACAGGUUCCUCCGAGCGUAUCGAGAGCUCGACGCACCCAGGGUCCCCCCCGGGCCCGGAAUUCUCGUCUCUCGGCGGGAAUAACUACGCGCAUGGGGUUCUGCAUGCUCGUCGCCGGUUGUAAAUACGUAGAAAUCAACGACUUCGAAGCCCUGGAGCGGCGGCCCGACCGAUCCUCCUCGGCCACCGGCGGCUAAACAUAAUUGUACAUACGAGACGGGACGAUUGUCCCGCGAGAACGUUCGACGCGAAUCGAGGACACGCGACGAGUGCGUUCAGGCUAACUUUCUGUACUUACGUUGUACGAGGAAUAGAUGAAGGAUCGUGACCGAUCGAGAGAGUGAGAGAGAAGUUCGCGUUGGAACGGUGGACGCACGAUGGAAUCCUGUUUUUUUAAAACGUAUUUUCUUUUUUUUUUUCUUUUUUUUUUUUUUUUUUAAAUGGUUCAACGAUACGGACCACGGGAAUGAAAGAGGGAGAUAGCACAAGUGCAAGGAUUAAGCAAAAAGGCAGUAUAUAGGUGUGAACGAUAGGAGACGAAGAGAGAAUGAGAAUACGGAUCACCCUACCCAUCGAACACGAAAAAAGUUCAAACAUAUCUCACGCAUAAUUGUAUAUAUACAGCAGCGGCGUACGCCUAUUCAAUUACUUUAUUACGAUUAUUAUUAUUAUUAUUAUUAUUAUUAUUAUUAUUAUUAUUGUCAUCAUCAUUACGAUGAUUAUUAUUAUUGUCAUGAUCAUGAUUUUAUUAUUAUUAUUAUUAUUAAUUAUUAUUAAUAUUAUUAAUUAUUUUUAAUUAUUAUUAUUAUUACCGACUAAUGAUCGCCGAGAAGAUCCUUCAUGAAAGAAAGAAAGGGACAUUUUUGUUUUUGAACAAAAAUAUAGCUCAACUCAAUGUGUACCCAGUUGCCAUGUAUUUUAAUUUAUUUAGAUUCUUAAAUAAAUUUUAUUGAAUAAAA